AUGUCCGCCCGCCGUCCCCAUGGGCAGAGCUAUGCCGAUGUCGCGGCAAAGCCUCCCUCAGAGAGUGAUUCUGAUGUCACACCAGCCGUCCCAGCAGAUGUUAUCUACAAGCUGCUUGGCUUCACUGCUGCCAUGGUGUUCGGCCCCAUUGGUAUCUAUUUCCUGACAGCGAACUCGAUCUUCAGAGGAAACUCAACGUUUGCCGGCAUUGCCGCAGCCGUUACUGCCAACGUGGUCUUAUUCGCUUACAUCUAUGUUGCCUGGCUGGAAGACCAAGGCGACAAAAAGGCCGCCGACAAGGGCAAGUCCAAGAAAGCACAGUAG